AAUGUCAAUAAAAGUAACCAAACUCUAAAAUUUCUGAGACCUUCACGUUUUGAAGUUUUGAUUGUAUUCAACUAUUCAGUAUAAUCAAUUAAAAUGCAGGAAACAAGAUUGGUAUUUCGUUCACUAAUGACUCUUAGGCAUUGGAGAUCUAUUUCAAGAUGCAUACCUGUCUCUCAGUCAGCAGAUCUUCAAACCAAUCCUGUGGAAAAGUUAACUAUUCCACCACCCAGUAACAUAGAACCAGUCAUAUCACCAAAAAUUGAUAAACUAGCAACAGAAAUUUCCCAAUUGAAUCUCAUUGAGGUAUCUGAGCUCAGUGACUUAUUAAAACGGCGGCUCAACCUUCCUGAUGCACCUGUUAUGCCCAUGGGAGGUUUCAUGGGGUCCCCAGUCUCAAAUGAAGAGGAGGAGGCUGCUCCAAAAGCAGUAAAAUCAUCUUUUACUGUUAAACUGAUGAAAUUUGAUGAAAAACAGAAAGUAGCUCUAAUAAAGGAAGUCAAGAAUUUACUGGAAGGCUUCAACCUAGUCCAAGCCAAAAAGUUUGUAGAGAGUGCACCAACUAUAGUUAAAUCAGAUAUUUCCAAAGAUGAAGCUGAUAAACUGAAAGAGGCCAUGGAAAAAGUAGGAGGAACCAUAGAAAUUGAUUAGUUAUAUAAUCACAAUGACUGCAGUAGAAUUAUAUUUGUAUCCUUCAAUGUUAUGUUUACAUUAAUGAACACUUUUUUUCCAAGAAAUAUCUAAGGCAUUUUUAUUUCCUAACAAGCUGUUUUCCAUUGUUCAAAAAAAUUCCAAUUUUAUGUUGAAAAAGUGUAUUCUUU